GCGCAUAGGAAGUGGUGUCGUCCGUCGUCAAUUUUUCAAGAAAAUAUUUGUUAUUGUACUGCAUUAAAGUACUUUUUCAAUGAAAACCCUCUAACUACUACGAAUUCACAAUUUAAUUUAAUUUACAAAUUAAUAAUUCUUAAUCACUCGUAGUAAAUCCGUCGUAUUUCAAUUGUUUUGAUGCCGUUCACCUAUAUUGAUUUAUCGUAUGCCAGUGACCUGUUUUUAGUAUUUGUAAUGUAUAACUCAUAAAUAAUUAAUCUAUCAUCAUUAGAAGCAACAGUACGGCUAAUUAGAAAUGAAGUUUCGAUUAUAAAUUCUUUGCAAGAAACCGUGAUGUGGUUGAACUUAGCGAGACCAGCAAGGGCCAGCAAUUUUUUAGUGUGAUAUCGAGUUUUAUAUUAUUUGGACCGUUCCAAAAGUUUUUAUAUCGUUAUGGUGUGUAUGUUCUACAAUGAUGACGCCUAUUGAGGAGAAGAAAGAUGAAAAGAUACGUACAGGCAUGGUGCAGGUCUCGGACGGCAAGUCCCGCCCGAGGCCGGCGCGGCUGGUACUCACGAUGGAUGCGGUGACCGUACAGCGCGAGGCCCCUGUGCCUGUGCAGCCGACCAAGGAUAAGAAUGUGCCACACGCCAGGGAGCGAAUGGUCCAAAUUACGCGGCAGAAGGUUGGUGGUUUGGGGCUUAGCAUAAAAGGUGGUGCUGAACAUAAGUUGCCUAUCCUCAUCUCGAAGAUUUACAAGGAUCAGGCGGCUGACCAGACCGGUCAGCUCUUUGUUGGAGACGCUGUUAUUAAAGUUAACGGAGAAUACAUAACGGCGUGCAAGCACGACGAUGCGGUGAAUAUUCUCCGGAAUGCGGGAGACAUAGUCGUGCUCACUGUGAAACACUACAGAGCCGCUACACCCUUUUUGCAGAAACAAGCGGACGGUGCGUCGGAUACAGACAGCAGUACAGGCGACGAUCAUCCUUCGCUACACAAUAAGAACGUAGACGCCAACUGCAACACUGAGAAGAACACCGAACAAACCAAUGGGGGUUGGCAGAGCGCGUGGGGCGAGUGCGAGGACAGUACGAGUUCCCGUCCGGGCAGCGCGACCGGCUCCGUCCGCGGGUCGCGGCCGCCCUCCGUGGCCUCCGACCUGCCCGGGGACACCAACCGGGACUGGGUCGACGUCGUCUCCGUUCCGUUAAUGAUGGGUUAUGUCACAAGGUACGUGUUGGGAACAGACAAAUUACGACCUGGCGCGUUUGAGGUUCGUGGUGCCCGACCUCAUCUAACUACGGGAGUGAUCCAUGCAGAAGACCCCGCAGCACUUUCACAGUGGCUCAAAAGUAUCUCCGACAACAUUGUAGGGCUUACCAAUCUACAGAUGAAGUUGUUCAACCGUCACUUCGGUCCGGGCGAGCGCAUCGAGUACAUGGGCUGGGUACACGAGGGGGUCGUACAGGCCCAGCAGCCCUGGCAGACAUACCGACCCAAGUUCCUGGUACUCAAGGGGACGGACGUCAUGCUGUUUGAUGUUCCACCAAUGUCGAGUACGGAGCUGGCCAAAUGUCCGGAGAGCCUGAAGGUAUACCAGACCAUGUUUCGUACGGUGAAGGAGAGUGAGACUGUGGAUUGGCGCCAGCACUGCUUCCUGGUCCAGAGCUCCGCCCCCGGGCCUGCAGGGGCUGCGCCCCCCGGCCCGAGGUACUUCAGUGCUGAGACACGACAGGACUUACUGCGGGUCGAGGCUGCCUGGACCACCAACAUCGUCAACUCUGUUAUACGACUCGGGAAGAAAACGUUUACGGUAGUCCACAUGGGCCGUGCGGCGGGACUGACGUUAGACUGGGCGGCUGGGUUCUCGCUAAGUGAGGGCACGCCUGGAGCCAAGCCUGUUUGGGCAUACCGGUUUUCUCAACUCCGAGGUUCCAGUGAUGAUGGGAAAUCAAAAUUAAAACUACACUUCCAGGACUCUGAGACCAAAGUUAUUGAAACAAAGGAACUAGAAUGCCAGAUCCUACAGAGCUUAUUGUUUUGCAUGCAUGCGUUCCUGACGGCGAAGGUAGCGUCUGUCGACCCCGCCUUCCUAGCGUCCAUACAACAGUCCAAUUAGAACCUUAUUUUAAUAACAACAAGGUCGGUGUUUGUUUGUUAUUUUGUAAAGUUAUGGGCACAAUAAUGGAUAACAUUGAUUUAUACAAAGUAGGGUAAUAUGUGAAUGGUCAAGAGUUAUGUAUCUUAAAUGAAUGAAUGUAACAGGUGUACGUGUGAUGUUUCAAGUAAAUGAUCCAUUAGUGUCCAUAACAAAACUGUUUGGUCUUACUCAAGAAUCUACGUUAUUU